AUGAUCACAGUUUCGGCAACGGAUGUAACAGUUGAUAAUAGUUUGAAUACAACAACAAGUACGACGAUAUUAACAUCUUCGACUACACCAGAACCAUUUUGUCAAUGGGAAUUUGAAUUGAUAUCAAUCAAUAUGUCUUGCAUUGAAAAGAUUUUAAGCGUUGCUGCAGAUUUUAAUAAUGAUAAUAAUGUUGAUCUGAUAUACAUUUGUCACUCGUAUUCCACUCAGAACAUGACUUUAUUAUUUGGCAUUGGUAACGGAAAAUUUCAAGAACCAAUUAUAUUCUCAUUUAAAAGUUUUAAUGGGUUACAACAUGUCCAUGUUGCUGAUUUUAACAAUGACACUCGAUCUGAUUUAAUUUUGGUGCACUUGAGUGGAAUGAAUGAUACUUUUACUAUUUUACUUGGAAUUGAAAAUGGAACAUUUCAAACACAAAAUAUGUUGUCUCGGGUAAUGCCUAAAAGUCCACUACAAUUUAGUGUGAUUGAUCUCAACAAUGAUAAAAAAGUAGAUAUCGUUAUGAUUAGUAGCCAGGAUUGUAAUGUUUAUGUGAUGUUUGGAAAGGGAAACGCAACCUUUUCAUCGGAAUUUCCCUUAUCUGUAGGGGUAAAAUGUAAUCCAAAAGGAUUAGUUUUUGGUGAUGUUAAUAAUGAUAGUUAUUUCGAUAUUGUUGUGUAUGAUCCUACCUCUUCACAUAUUUAUGUAUUUUUUGGACAAUCUAAUGGAACAUUUCAAUCACCAAAAUGGUUUUUUACUACAAUUGAUGCUGGAACAUCUAAAAUAGUUAUUGGUGAUUUUGAUAACGAUGAUCAAUCUGAUAUUGGGUUUAUUUACGAGAAUUGGAAUGAUCUUGCUUAUAUGAUAUAUCAAUAUAACAAUAAUAGUUUUAGUGUUAAUGAGAAAGUGAAAACUAUUAUAGAACCUGGUCAAAACUUGCAUUCAGCUUUUGUAGGUGAUAUUAACGGUGAUAAUCAUUUGGACGUUAUUAUUAAUUUGAUUGAGCCAUGCAGAAUCUAUGCAUUACUUGGAUAUGGAAAUGGAAAGUUCUCUAUACAAACCAUUUAUUCAAAUGAAUCUCAACCUGGUUACAAAUGGCUUAGUGUUACUAAUUUCAAUAAUUAUAAUUAUCAAGAUAUAAUUAGUGUCGACACACAUUCUAAACUUAUAAAUAUUUUCUUAAACAAGCGUCAAUGUUUAGCAAACUAA